AAAUUUAGGUGCAGCUCACCAGGUUGGAGGGAUGCUACCUCGAUAUAUGGAUUUACCGCUAACGAUAUCGACGGUAUGGCGGUGUCAAUGGAAAAAUACGAAAUAGCUGCGUUUCCAUGCAAUCAGUUUGGUGAACAGGAACCGAAGACCGAGGCCGAGAUCAAACAGUUCGUGGCACAAUAUAACGUCACCUUUGAUAUGUACGCUAAAGUUAAGGUAAACGGAGAAGGCGCACAUCCCCUUUUCUGCUACCUGAAAAACAACGUUGAAGGAACAUUGUCAGAGCACCAGAAGCCGGGCUCGAUACUAAUCACACCAUUUCAUCAUACCGUUUCCCCACCAUAG